AUGUCGAUGCUGGUUCGGGUGGAACCUGGAGCUGAACCAUUGGUAGACCACCUGCUUCUGGGCUCCUGGCUCCGCCCAUUACGCCGCGCAGCUCAAGGCCCCGCCCCCUCACCAGCUUCCGUUGAUCUGGGCCGCAGCGCGGCCGUCCCGUCCCCUUUAAGGCUGAGCCCCGCCCCUGGCUCCCGCCCCUCCCUCCCCCAGCCCACCCCGGGUGCCCCGGCGGGUCCUGCGGUGCGGCCCGCGGCGGUGAGCAUCGGAGCCUGGGGGCGCGGGGUCGGGGCCGCGAGUCUCCGCUGCUGCGGUGGCCUUGCGGGGCGGGAGCGGGAGCGGGGGCGGGGCUGGGCCAGCGGGACUGGGGGCGCGGGGCCGGGGCCGGCCCGGCGGGGGAGGGGCUCAGGUGACGGGGAUCGGUCCCGCAGCGCACCCCCGACUUGGAGUGCGGGUCCAGUUGGCGGGUGGCGUCUGAGAUGCAGUCCUGACAGCUGCGGGAGGACCCGAACCGAAAGCCGAGGCUUGGAGUGGGGAGGCAGGACGAAACAGACUCCCCCUGGACUCCGGACACAGCUAGGGGGUGACCAGCGAGCGGCAGGACGCCUGGCCCUGGAGGGGAGCUGGUGGUCACCAUGGCAAUGCGGGGAGCUGGUGGAGGGCGAGUGUGGGGGUGCUAACCCGCUCAUGAAGCUGGCCACCCACUUCACCCAGGACAAGGCCCUUCGGCAGGAGGGACUGAGGCCUGGCCCUUGGCCCCCAGGAGCCUCAGCCGCCGAGACGGUUUCCAAGCCCUUGGGAGUAGGUUCUGAAGAUGAGUUGGUGGCAGAAUUCCUGCAGGACCAGAAUGCACCCCUUGUAUCCCGGGCCCCUCAGACCUUCAAGAUGGAUGACCUCCUGGCAGAGAUGCAGGAGAUUGAACAGUCAAACUUCCGCCAGGCACCUCAGAGAGCCCCUGGUAUAGCAGACUUGGCCUUGUCUGAGAAUUGGGCCCAGGAGUUUCUUGCGGCUGGAGAUGCUGUGGAUGUAGCUCAGGAUUAUAAUGAGACUGACUGGUCCCAAGAAUUCAUCGCCGAAGUCACAGACCCCUUGUCCGUGUCCCCCGCCCGAUGGGCUGAGGAGUAUCUGGAGCAGUCUGAGGAGAAGCUGUGGUUGGGAGAGCCAGAGGGAUCAUCUGCCACCGAUCGGUGGUACGAUGACUACCAUCCCGAGGAGGACCUGCGGCACACAGCCAGUGACUUUGUGUCCAAAGUGGACGACCCCAAACUGGCUAACUCUGAGUUCCUGAAAUUCGUGCGACAGAUUGGAGGGCAGGUGUCCCUGGAGUCCGCUGCAGGGUCGGGCCGAGCUCAGGCAGAGCAGUGGGCAGCAGAGUUUAUACAGCAGCAGGACACAUCAGAGGCCUGGGUCGAUCAGUUCACAAGAUCAGGAAACAACACAGCUGCCCUUGAUGUGGAAUUUGAGCGAGCCAAGUCAGCAAUAGAGUCUGAUGUCGAUUUCUGGGACAAGUUGCAGGCAGAGUUGGAGGAGAUGGCAAAACGGGAUGCUGAGGCGCACCCCUGGCUGUCUGACUAUGAUGACCUCACAUCCGCUUCCUACGACAAGGGGUACCAGUUUGAGGAGGAGAAUCCCCUGCGGGACCACCCUCAGGCUUUUGAAGAAGGACUGCGUCGACUUGAGGAGGGAGACCUGCCCAAUGCUGUGCUGCUUUUUGAGGCUGCCGUGCAGCAGGACCCUAAGCACAUGGAAGCUUGGCAGUAUCUGGGUACCACCCAGGCUGAGAAUGAGCAAGAGCUCCUGGCUAUCAGUGCCCUGCGGAGGUGUCUGGAGCUGAAGCCAGAUAACCGGACAGCACUGAUGGCGCUGGCUGUAAGCUUCACCAACGAGUCCCUGCAGCGGCAGGCCUGUGAGACCCUGCGAGACUGGCUGCGCUACUCACCGGCCUAUGCCCAUCUGGUGACCCCUGGUGAAGAAGGGGCGAGUGGGGCAGGACUGGGUCCCAGCAAGCGUGUCUUGGGAUCCCUGUUGUCUGACUCCCUGUUUCUCGAAGUGAAAGAACUCUUCCUGGCAGCUGUGCGUCUGGACCCCACAUCCAUCGACCCUGAUGUGCAGUGUGGCUUGGGAGUCCUCUUCAACCUGAGCGGGGAGUACGGCAAGGCCGUGGACUGCUUUACGGCUGCCCUCAGUGUUCGUCCCAAUGACUAUUUGCUGUGGAACAAACUUGGGGCCACACUGGCCAAUGGGAACCAGAGCGAAGAAGCUGUAGCCGCAUACCGCAGAGCCCUCGAGCUACAGCCUGGGUAUAUCCGGUCUCGCUAUAACCUAGGCAUCAGCUGCAUCAACCUUGGGGCUCACCGAGAGGCUGUGGAACACUUUCUAGAGGCUCUGAACAUGCAGAGGAAGAGCCGGGGCCCUCGGGGCGAGGGGGGCGCCAUGUCGGAGAACAUCUGGAGUACCCUGCGAUUGGCCUUAUCUAUGUUAGGCCAGAGUGAUGCCUAUGGGGCAGCUGAUGCUCGGGAUCUGUCUGCCCUCCUAGCUAUGUUUGGCCUGCCCCAGUGACAGUGGGAUGGGCUGCCCUGUGAGUGUCUGCCUAGAGGGGUUCUCGCUCUGGAUGUGACUCCCUCUCCUCCAAUGGGCCUACCAAGGGGUUGGGCUGAUGACCACAAGCGGUACGACCUCUCAGGAGCUGCCUCGACGUAGGGGUGCAUGGUCUGUGUCCUAGGUCCUACAUAAUUGUAGGGAAUGAGCUGUCUCUGUCCCUUGGUAAUUCAAGGGCUAUGUACCCAGCUACAGAUCUCUUUCUGCUCAUCAUGCCCUUUCCUGGUGCUGAGUUUCGGGUAGGACCCAACGACAUAGGGAAAUUGUUGUCAUCAGCUGCCGUUUGUGUUAGGGUCUACCACAUUUGUAAGUCUCUCCUCGCCCUACUCUUACUGGGAAUUG